AUCACCUUUUUUUGACACAGCAACACCGAAUGUUUAAAACCUAGUUUUAAAAUUUAAAACUUAAGUUUUCUUUGUGUGACAUCACAAUACACUGUGUGUUGCUAAAAUGUUGGCGACACGUCCCCCACAAAGACAACCCAUGCAAUGUGGAGAGUGGACGCUAAUAAAGAUCCUUGGUUCCGGGGGUUUUGGGCAAGUCUCGCUGUGGAAGAAUAAGCAAGAUGUUAAACUAGCAGUCAAACAAUGCAAGAAUCAACUGAGUAGACAAAAUGAAAGAAGAUGGAGAAAGGAGGUUGAAAUGAUGCAAAGACUAAACCACCCCAGUAUUGUUAACUUUGUGGAAGUACCGGUGGAGAUACAAAACGCAUAUGUUGAUCAUUAUGUGGCACUUGGUAUGGAGUAUUGUGAGGCAGGAGAUCUGAGGAAGUUCCUGACUCAGCCGGAAAACUGUUGUGGAUUGCCAGAGUUUCAAGUUCGAAAUAUUCUACAAGACAUCGGGUCGGCAAUCGAACAUUUGCAUGAGAGACAACUUGUACAUAGAGAUUUGAAGCCCGAGAAUAUUGUGAUGAAAGAAAAAGAAAAAAAUGUGUUUCAAUUCAAGAUAAUUGAUCUUGGAUAUGCAAAGGAAAUUAAUGAAAAUAGCUUCGGGACAAGUUUUGUUGGAACUAUGCAUUAUUUGGCCCCCGAGUUCUAUGGUGCUAACCCACUUUGCUACACUGCUACUGUGGAUUUCUGGAGCUUCGGGUUGCUGGUUUAUGAAUGUAUUACUGGUAGAAGACCUUUCUAUCCUUCCCUGGAGCUUGCACAAGUUCUAAAUGACUUGAAGGAAAAGAAAAGAUACGAACACAUUUGUACUGUAGAAACCCAAGGAUCAACCCACGUAUACUCGAGCACGAUCCCUCAACCCCACUCCCUGAAUCCGAUCUUCGCAAAGAAGAUUGAGAGCUGGCUCCAACAAAUGUUGCAACUUGAUCCUCAGCUAAGAGGGGGAGGGGUGGGGAACAAUGAAUGGUUUAAGACGGUGGAAAGAAUCCUUAGGGAAAAGUGCAUCCACGUAUACAACACACAAAACAACUCUGUCUUCACGAUCCCUGUUUUGGAUGAGAGGAUGAGCAUUGCUAAGAUGCAGGAAGCGAUCAUGAGAGCAACCAACAUCCCAAUCCCAUCCCAGAUCCUCCUCCUUAAGGACGGGAAGAAACCGGACGUUCGUUACUCCGCUGUUAAUGAAUGCUGGAAGAAACCGGACCAUCAUGAAUGGUUAAUAUUCUUGUUCUCAUGCACUGGAACCUACCAACGAUAUCAAUGUGCGCUACCUAAAGAAAUAGGAACUCUUAUCAUUGAACCAAGGACCCCACUACGAAACCCCCCUCAACGUAGAGUUUUAAGCAUCGCAACAAAUUGUGUCCGUCGAGAAGCUUUGGUUUGUCGCAGGUCUAUUGCUGCAUUGGCCACUUUAUCUGAAAGCAUAGAAAGACAUACUAACUACUAUGAACAGCAGUUAAAGUCAUUCUCGGACGCUUUCAACAUGUUUCGAGGAAAAGUUGAUUUCUUUAAAUUUUCGAUUGAAAAAGAUUUAUCCAACUGUAUUGAAACAGACAUAUGUGACAACAACGAAUUGCUUAACCAAAGACAAGGUAGUUGGUACGACCAGUUGAAUUUAGUUAAUCGUCAUAGGGAGCAAACAUGUCCUACCAUCCAUAAUAUGUUGCAAAACUGUGCCGAGCCCUAUCGUAUUCGGGAACAUAUCAAAAUAUCGAAAGAAAUUGUUGCAGUAACUACGAAGAAAUGCGAUGACUGGGAGAAUGAAGCAAAGAAAAAAUACAGUUUGAUUAAAAAUGAAAUCCGGAAAAUAGAGGCAGAUAUAAGGACUAAUCAUGAAACAGAUGUGAAUGCACUUCAACAUACAAUGAGAGACUUAGUCAUGAACUUUAUUCCGAAAACCCUUGAAGAACUCACCACGCAGCUUGCCAAGAUAAUGCAAUGCACUAAAAUAUUGGUGGAAUGGCAUGAAUGGAUUAAUGAAAAACUUCCACAAAUUGGAUCAAGUUUACAAAACCUUGGUAUUCAAAGCAAGGAUUUAAUGGACCACCAAGCUAGACGACAAACUGAAAUAUUCGAAAGCAUGUCGCAAAUACAGACUGAGGUUCGUCUUGAUAACGAAACAGUUCAACAACAAAUACAAGAUGCUGAGGAACAGGUUGGUCGUGAGAGUGAAGGAAGACAACAAACUCAACAGGAGAUGGGAAACCAUGUGUCCAGAUUAAAAGAGAUGAUAGAGGGAGUUACUUCUGAUGACGUUAUUAAGCAAUUAAAAGACUUAAACGAUGUAUUCUCGUCAAUAUGUGAGGGAAAUAACACGACAGAAAACAAUAUUGUUUCCCAUUUCUUACCAACUGUGACAACUCUGCCAAAUGUUUCACCGACUCCAAUUGAACAAAAUUCUGAACCAAGUUUUAACCAUCAAGACAUCACGCACGAUUUAAGGAAUCUUAACUUAAACAAUAAUAAUGAUACAGAUAAUAGGAAUACUGAUAUCAAUGGAAGUAGUGUAGAGGUUAGUUGAAAGUUUCUUUUAUAAUUGCCUUUUUCUUUUAUUCUCUCAAAUGCUGUCAUGCUCUCUCACAGUGGUAAUGGUGGUAACAGAUGUAAUGUCAUAUUGGUCUUUUUUGGUAAGAGAUGUAAAACUAUCUUAUAUUGGGCCUACAAUGAAGAGUUUAAGUCUUUAAGAGAUGUAGAAACAAUCUCAUAACAAGAGUUGUAGAUCAGCAUACAUUGUACUAAGGCUGGUUUCCUAAAACCUGGAAUUUUAAUAGGUUAAUUGAGAUAAGAGCAAUUAAAUUUGCAAAUCUUUAUCCCAACCUUCUUCUAUUUAUCCCAACCUUCUGUGAAUUGGACCUUGUUUAACUAGAUAAAAAAUGGUGGAUAAAAUUACUUGUGUUAUCUUUUUUUGAAAUCUUCUCCAUAAGUAAUUGUGACACAAAACUUUUAUUAUUACCUCGUAACAAUUUAUCUUAACAUUAAAAAAAAAGUAUUUUUUAAGUUUAAAAUUUUAUGACCGGUCAGGCAGUCACAAUGUAAACUUUUGAUCAGUUAAACUUUUAUUUUUAAUGAAACCACUAAGGAUUGUUGUGUAAGUCCAUGUUUUUCUUUCAAAAUCACUUUCUAAUGUAGUUUUAAUGCUUUUAGCUGAUAGUUUUGUUUCCUAAUUAUCUGUAAAGAUUUUUUUUUGCUUUGUCUUACUUGCACCAUACCUGGUCCACUUCAAAUAUUUAUUUAAACCCAGAGGUGUUUCUGCUCCUAAUCCGUUAAUUACAAACAUAACAGCCCAUAUAUGUAAUUGUCUCUUGCCGUUUUCAUAUUUUUACUUCACUUAAGGUGGUUUUAGUUCUAAACCAAAAUGCAUAAAAAUAAAGGCAGUUGUUUCAUAUAUAUAAUUAUAUAUAUGAAAAUAUAUAUGGACUGUUAUGUUUUUGUAUUAAAACUGACCAGAAAAUUUGUGUUUUAUGCACCAAGUAGACCAGUGCUCUUCAACCGGUGUGCACGGUGCACCCUAGGGUGCACCAAAAUAUGCCCGGGGUGCACCAGUGCAAAAAGGUAUACAAGGGUGCAUCACAAACUUCAACAAUUUUCAGCAAUAUUUUUUCAUUUUAAACUUUUUUAACAAAUUUAGCCACUUUCCUACAAUUUUUUAUAUGAAUUCUAUAUCUUGCAUCACUGGGAAUUGUGAAACUUCAUUAGUUUUACGUUAAAGCAAUCAGGGGUGCAUGAGUUCGACGCAACAACUUUAGGGGUUCACCAACCCAUAAAAGGUCGAAGAGCACUGAAGUAGACACUAACUUCAAAAGCAUUGCUGUAUAUAUAUAUUGGCUGAUGCUUUAACACUAAUUUUUCUAAAUCAUUCCGCAAAAUACUAUGUGUCAUCCAAGCAUUUCUUUCACAUUUUGUUAUAUAUGCUGAACUGUUUCGCUGUGUGCUAUUUUAUCUAAUUAUGACGUAACUAUGUUUUAUAGUUUGCACUGUUGUAAUGGACAAUUAAUUGCGUAGCACCAAAAUAAU